AUGUGCGUGUUGUGUGGUGCGGGCUGCAGCCGCAACCCGCCUGCUGGCGCCGCCGCUCAUCAAAGUACCAAUCAGCAGCACGGGAGCCCAAACAAUACAUGUCCGACCGCCGAGCCAUGGUUCAUUGCGCUGCUUUUUUCGUCCGCGCGCGCAACAAGCACGUUCGGACCGUGCUGCGGCUCACAGACGGCCAACGGCUGGCUCGCCUGCCUUCUCCCAUCUCCAUCCCAUCUUGCCCCGGAUGAUUGGCCUCCCGUUGGCAAACUCGGUACAGAGUACUCACUCACAGUCGCCAUCGACGGAACUGGCCAUGCAACUUUGAACUUUGACUACCACCGCCAACCGAUUACACGGAUUCAAUUAAGGACUUGUCAAGAGUUGGGGGAACCUGGUGGGCAGUCCUUGACUACAUAUGCCCAGCUUCAACUUGUCUCUCCAGUAUUCACAUGGCGCCACAUCUUUGCCCUCUCGGCUGAUCUGCUCACGCCCCUCACGCCCCCCUCCACAGCGCCCCGCGAUACCUCCACCAUGGUCCAUGCAUGGAUGGAGACCCCCACGCCUCUCGCCAUUGUCGGCAUGGCAUGCCGCACAUCUGGCGAUGUGAGAACUGUCGACCAAUUUUGGACCAUGCUGUCCCGGUCCCGACACGGUUCUGGCCCUAUCCCCAAGAGUAGAUUCAACGCCGAGGCCUAUUAUCACCCCAACCCCCAAAAGAGAGGCACCUUCAACCAGGUUGGAGGCUACUUCAUCGACCGGGAUUUCUCUAUUUUUGAUGCCCCCUUCUUCAACAUUACCAAGCAAGAAGCCAGUUCUAUGGACAUCAACCAAAGACAACUUCUCGAAUGCACAUACGAGGCCCUAGAGAAUGCUGGUCUCCCCAAGGGAAAGAUUUCUGGCGAGAAAAUGGGCGUCUUCAUUGGAACAAAACGAGCCGACUAUCGUACCGGAAGCUUGCAAGAUCUCAACCAGACCGAAAUGUUCGAAGCAACCAGUGGCCACAGCUCCAUCCAAGCUGGUCGCAUCUCAUACUACUUUAAUCUCAACGGCCCAUCCUUUUCCGUCGACACAGCCUGUUCUUCCAGUCUGCAUGCUAUGCAUGCCGCAGUGCAAAGCAUCCGAAGCGGCGACUGCAGUUCCGCCAUCGUUGCCGCCAGCAAUCUGUACAUGAACCCAGGCGAUCUGAUUCAAAUGUCUAUGUUGGGUCUCUUCACCCCGACUGGCAAGACAUACGCUUUUGAUCACCGAGGCAACUCUGGAUUUGCCUGCGGUGAGGGUGUUGGCUGCGUCAUCAUCAAGCCUCUCGACCAGGCCAUCCGCGACAACGACAAGAUUCGCUCCAUUAUCGUCAACACAGGAAUUAACCAAGACGGCAAGACGGUUGGCCUGACUUCGCCAAGCGCCAAGCAGCAAGAAAAUCUCAUGCGCGAGGUCUACGCUCGCGCCAACAUCAGUCCCAACGAUGUUGCUUUCGUCGAAGCUCAUGGCACAGGUACCAAGGUUGGCGAUCCCUUGGAGGCUACUGCAAUUCACAAAUUCUUUGGCCAAGGUCGCACCAAGAGAAGCCCUCUAUAUCUUGGCUCAGUGAAAACCAACAUUGGUCAUCUUGAGAAUGCCAGUGGCUUGCUCUCCGUUAUCAAGUCUACUCUCAUGCUGGAGCGUAACUUCAUCCUCCCCAACUGCAACUUCGAGAAGGCCAAUCCUGCCAUUCCCCUGGACGAGUGGAACAUCAAGGUUCCCACUACGAUUCGACCCUGGCCCAAAGGCAAGCGUUUCAUCAGCAUCAACAACUUUGGCUUCGGUGGCUCAAACGCCCAUGUCGUUCUCGAAAAAGCGCCCCUCUCGCAGGUCGCCAAAGACCUUGCUAUUGAAGCAAACGACAAUCAAGUUGUGCCCCGGCUCUUUGUUAUGUCAGGCAACGACGAAGGUGCGGCCAAGCGCAAUGCUGCAGCUAUUGGCAUUUACACUGAGCAACACCCCGAAGUCUUCCAGAAGCGUAUUAUUCGCGACAUGGCAUACACGUUGGGUGAGCGCAGAACUCAUCAUAACUACCGCCUGGCCUUCACUUGCGGUAGCUUUGAUGAGCUUGUCUCCACAUUGAACUCUGAAGCCGUAAUUCCUACCGUCGCGACCACCGAUCCUUUGAAGUUGGCGUUUGUCUUCACUGGGCAAGGUGCUCAGUGGCCCCAGAUGGGCAAACAGCUCCUCAACACUCACCCCAUCUUUGCUGAGACUGUCAAAACUGCUUCUGAUUACCUGGAAAGCAUUGGAGCGGACUUUUCUCUCUUGGAAGAGCUGGUACGCGACAAGAGCGAAUCCAUCGUCGGCCUUGCCCACAUUUCGCAGCCAAUUUGCACUGCCAUCCAGCUCGGUCUCGUUGAGCUGCUGAAGACUUGGAACAUCAAGCCCUCCAUGGUGAUUGGACACUCCUCUGGUGAGAUGGGCGCUGCUUAUGCAGCCGGUGCUAUCACCUUGCAGGAAGCCAUGGCCGCUGCUUACUACCGCGGCCACUAUGCUGCCCAGAUGAAGCAGCGCAACCCAGACCUUCACGGUGCAAUGCUUGCUGUUGGUGCUGGCCCUGCGGAAGUGAAGGGAAUCAUCAAAUCUAUGGGUCUUACUGGUGUCACUGUGGCCUGUGAGAACUCUCCCAACUCCAUUACUGCUUCUGGUGAUGAGGCCGACGUUGAUCACCUCGCGGCGGAGCUUGAGCAGCGCAGCAUGUUCAAUCGCAAGCUUCGUGUUGAGAUGGCAUAUCAUUCAUCUCACAUGAAACUUGUUGCCGACGACUAUUUGUCUGCCAUCCGGACUAUGGAACCAGUUCCAACCGAAGGCGUCGAGUUCUACUCUUCUCUUCUGGGUGCAAGGCUUGAUAAUACUGCUGCUCUUGGUGCCGACUAUUGGGUCGACAAUCUGACAAAUCCCGUCCGUUUUUCGUCUGCCUUUGCUGAGCUUUAUCAGAUCGGAAAGCCAGACGCCAUUGUUGAACUAGGACCACAUGCUGCUUUGGAGGGCCCGAUCAAGCAGAUCCUGAAGAGCAUAAGCCCCCAGGCCGCCGCCAGUGUCAAGUACUUCUCUGCUUUGAUGCGCAAUCAGGAAGCUACCACUACAGCUGUCAAGCUGGCAGGCAAUCUUUGGAGCCGAGGUCACCCUAUUGACUUUUCGGCCGUCAAUCUGACCCCCCCUGGCCAGGAGCGGCCGUCGCUCAUCUCGGAUAUGGUGCCGUACUCGUGGUCACAGCACCAGUACUGGGCAGAGUCGCGAGCUGGAAAAAGCUGCCGCCUCAAGCCAUUCCCGCGCCAUGAUCUUCUUGGCAUCCUAGAUGACUUUUGCAAUGAAGAUGAACCCACCUGGAAGAGUGUUAUUACCACAGACGACAUUCCUUGGAUGAAGGACCACAGGAUGCAGGGGCUGCCUACAUUUCCUCUCUCCGGUUAUAUUACAAUGGCGACCGAGGCAGCUUCCCAGCGUGCGCAACUCCGCGGUAUUGCAGUGGAAGAUGUCGCUUCAUUCCGCAUGCGUGAAAUCAAGGUCACUAAGGCAUUGCUCCUGGACGAUAACAGCACCUAUGACCUCCGCUUCAGCCUCAAGUCAUACGCCGAGGGCCUUGGGGCGUACUCGGAUGAGUGGGAUUCAUUCCACAUCUCUUCAUGGACUCAGUCGCGAGGCUGGCUCGAGCACUGCCGUGGUCUCGUUGGUAUCCAGAAGAAGAGUUCCGCCAAUUUGAUUCGACCCCUCACCUAUGACUCUGCUGUGAAGCGCAGGGAAUAUAUUGAGAGCAGUGACGCUACCAACGUCGACGUGGAGCGUUUUUACAGCGAGUUGGAGGCCAAAGGCGCUGGUUACAGCGGUAGCUUUGACAGCAAGGAAGCUGGCAGCCUUCGCGUCUUCAAUAAUGUCGCGAGCUGCUCCAUUGCCCUCAAGGACACUGCUCAGUGCAUGCCCCACCAGUUCGAGACCAAGAGUAUCGUUCCCAGUACCUUCCUUGAUACCGUCUUCCAAGCCGUCUUCCUCAACCUCGGUGCUGGUCGUGGAGACAUGCCUCACCUGUUCAUGCCUGCUGCUGUCAACGAGCUUGAAAUCACACCAGAGUCGCCCAACUCAGUCGGCGACGUUGUCCAAGUCGUGACAAAGUGUCCCGAGACCAAUCCGGCUGGUGCUGCUGACUUUUAUGUCGAUGUUUGGAAGCAGAGCCCCACUGCGCCUGUCAUUUCAGUCCGCGGACUCCUGAUGAACCCCCUGUAUGGUGAUGUGUUUGAGGGCCAAGCGCCUCGCUCGCUGUGCUACAAUGUCAAAUGGGAGCCGCUGAGCGAGCAGAAGGCGAAGGACAGUGCGCCAGAGGCUAAUGAGCACAGCAAUGGGCACAGCAAUGGCCAUGUUAAUGGCGAGGUCAAUGGUCAUGCCAAUGGGCACGCCAAUGGUGUCGCGAAUGGCCACACUAAGGAUCACGACAACGGUAUGUCGAAUGGACACGCAAAUGGUGAUGCCAAUGGUAUAACCAACGGGGUGACCAAUGGUGUAACCAAUGACCUGGCCAACGGUCAUACCAAAGGCCACACCAAUGGUGAUGCCAAUGGCAUUGCUAACGGUCAUACCAAUGGCCACGCCAAUGGUGAUGCCAAUGGCAUUGCUAACGGUCAUACUACCGGUCAUACCAAUGGCCUUUCCAACGGCCAUACCAAUGGCCACGCCAAUGGUGAUGCCAAUGGCAUUGCCAACGGUCAUACCAAUGGCCACGCCAAUGGUCAUACUAACGGUCAUACCAAUGACCUUGCCAACGGCCAUACUAACGGUCAUGUCAAUGGUAUUGCCAACGGUCAUGCCAACGGCCAUACUAACGGUGUAACCAAUGGCAUUGCCAAUGAUGACGCCAACGGUGUGAUCGAUGGAUAUGCCAACGUCCACGCAUAUCCCAACAGGGUCGAUUUGAGUGAGACUCCCAUUACCAUCAUCUGCGAUGCUGGCGCGACGCCAUUGGCUUCAGCGUUGGCCGACCUCAUUGAACUGCAGACUGGUGGUCAGAUGCCAAACAUCACUACCCUUGCCGAUGUGGAGAUAUCUUCUGCCACGAGAUAUAUUUGCCUGAACGAAGUUGAGCGACCCGUUCUCCACAACAUGGAUGACGCUACUUUUACCCGGAUCCAAAAGCUUCUUUUGGACUGCUCCUCCAUGCUCUGGGUUGGUACUGGCGCGUACCACGUUGCCACAACUCCGUUGAACAACCUCGCGCAAGGCAUGAUGCGUACCAUCCGGUCUGAAUCUAGCAAGAUUGCCGGAACCCUGGAUCUUCACCCCAGGUCGACUCUUCAGCCUGUUGAUCAGGCCCAAUUGAUCAUCACUGCCAUGAAGACAACACUGGAGACCCCGGAAGAUGACGCCCCUGUCGACUUCGAGUUUGCUGAAAAGGAUGGCAAGUUGUUUGUGCCUCGUGUCUACAACCAGAAUGAUGUCGACCUCGAGCUUUUCCGUGCCACUCAGCCGUCUCGUCCCUACGCCCAAAACUUUUCUCAGCCUGGACGCCGUCUCAAGCUGACUGUUGGGACUUAUGGUGCACUUGAUUCUUUGUACUGGAAGGAUGAAGCAGAGUACGUGCUCGGUGAGGACGAAAUCGAGAUCAAGGUGGCUGCCACUGGCAUGAACUUCAAGGAUGUCGUCAUUGCGAUGGGCCAGUUGGCUAGCCCUUACCUUGGAGUUGAGUGUGCCGGUACCGUUUCGCGCAUUGGCUCCAACGUCACAUCGCUCAACGUUGGUGACCGUGUUUGUGCCAUGACCCAUGGCCUCAUCCCCGAAGGCAUCGAUUUCGCGACCUCGGCUUCUAUUCCCGUUGUCUACUGCACUGCUUACUACGGUCUCAUUGAUCUUGCUCGCCUGGAACCUGGCGAGAAGAUCCUCAUCCAUGCUGCGUCUGGAGGUGUCGGCCAGGCUGCCAUCCAACUUGCGCAAAUGAUUGGUGCCGAGAUCUUUGCAACAGUCGGCAGCCUCGACAAGAAGCAGCAUCUCAUCGAGGAGUAUGGCAUUGCUGAAGACCACAUCUUCUACAGCAGAGACACUUCUUUUGGCCCGGCCCUACGAGAUGCCACUGGCGGCAAAGGAGUGGACGUUGUAAUCAAUUCCCUUGCUGGCGACCUGUUGCGAGCGACUUGGUCUUGCCUGGCCCCCUUUGGCCGCUUCAUCGAGAUUGGCAAGCGAGACAUUAAUUCAAACACCAGACUGGAGAUGGCCAAGUUCGAGUGGAAUUGCACCUUCAGCUCCGUGGACCUGACCAAGGUGGCUGAUUUCAGACCCAAGAUUAUGGGACGCGUCUUCCGCGAUGUGAUGGAACUCUUGGGAAAGAAGACGAUCAAGCCCAUUAGCCCCAUCACGACUGUCAAUAUUGGCGAGGUCGAAUCGGCUCUGCGUAAACUGCAGAGUGGCAAGACAACUGGCAAGGUCAUUGUCAGCCAUGAGCUUGACGGAAAGAUCAAUGCCACUCACCCCGAGCCCAAUGCCAACCUGCUCAAGGCUGAUGCCACGUACAUUAUCAUCGGUGGUACGGGUGGCCUGGGCCGAUCCAUGUCCAAGAGAAUGGUGCAGCGAGGCGCGAGAAACAUCGUGCUGCUUUCUCGCAGCGGCAACAUGACGCCAGAGCUAGAAAAGCUCAGUGCAGACUGCGAGCUCUCUGGCGCAAAGAUUCAUGUCAUGGCGUGUGACGUUGCGGACCAGGCCAAGGUCAACGAACUCAUUGCUCAGCUCCAGGGCUCACUACCUCCGAUUCUCGGUGUUAUCCAUGCCGCGAUGGUGCUGCGUGACACUCUGUUCGAGAACAUGAGGUUUGAAGAUUACGAGGCUGUUAUCCGCUCCAAGGUUUCGGGAGGCUGGAACUUCCACAAUGCUCUGAUUGGGGCUCCUGUUGACUUUUUCAUUGUUCUCUCGUCAGUAUCGGGCAUUGUUGGUAACCGUGGCCAGGCCGCGUACGCUGCGGCCAACACAUUCCUGGAUGCACUGACGGUCCAUCGUCGGCAGCUUGGUCUUGCUUCCACAUCUCUCAACUUGACGGCAGUUGAGGGUGUUGGCUACUUGGCUGAGAACUCGGCCAAGCAGACCGAGGUGCUCAAGAAUCUGUCGGGCAGCACCAUGGGCGAGAGCGAAGUGCUUGCUCUUGUGGAGGCGUCGAUUGAUGGAAAGAUUGGGACUUUUAGCAAUGACCAGGCUAUUACUGGUCUUGACUUGAGCGACGCGAGCAACUUCCCGUACUAUGCAGCUGAUGCCAGGUUCAAACCCCUGCGAGAUGCCGCACUUGCAGCGAGCGCUGCGGCUGGACGCGGCGACAGUGCGGCGAACAUUCCUAUUGGCAAGAAACUUGGAAAGGCCACAACGGAGGACGAGGCGAUUGAGCUUGUGACGACUGGCCUGCGCGAGAAGCUGGGUGCCAUUCUUAUGCUGCACCCUGAUCUGAUGGUGGCCCGACAGGCCACGACGACCAUCACUGCGUUUGGCUUGGACUCACUCAAUGCGAUUGAGCUGCGCAACUGGAUCGGAAAGGAGCUGCAGGCACAUUUGCAGGUGCUGGAGUUGUUGACGAGCGGAACGAUGGCUGAUCUCGCUUCGCAGAUUUUGCGCAAGAGCAGAAUCCAAGGUGUCUGGACCGAGGAGAAGAACGCAUAA